AAAAGAAGUUACAAUGUCAGCAAAUUUGCUAGAACUUGAUGAUUUCAUUGAAAGCCCCAGAAAACAGGAGGAAGAAGUUAAAAAGAUUCCAGAUUCAAGUUCACCAACGAAAUCUGAAGUACCCCAAGAAGACAAUACAAAAGCAAAGAAGGGAAAGAAAGUAUCCAGUUCUAAAAAGAACAUCAAAGUUGUGAUCAAAUUCAGAGGUGGAGAAGUAGACACUGAAAACCUCACCCCUGAACAACUUAAAAUUAACCAAGAACAAAAGUCUGUAUUUUUCGAUGAAAGGACAUACGUUUUCAGCGAAGCCCUAGGCCCUGCUAUUACCCAAGCAGAGACCUACCAAGUCUCUUGCAAGGAAGUGAUCAGCAAAGUUCUAGAAGGAUAUAAUGGGACAAUUUUCGUUUAUGGCAACAGUGGGUCUGGAAAGACAUAUACAAUGCUUGGCCCUGACUCCGUCGUUGAAUAUCUUUCCUCUCCUGAUAUGCAAAACCAGAACAUUGAUCCAAACAUCUCUGCAAAUUUCGGUAUAAUCCUCCGGGCAUGUACUGAAAUCUUUGAAUUAAUGAACAAGUCAUUCAAAUAAGGGAGAAAAUGUGGGAUACAGCAUGACAGCUCAGUACUUUGAAGUUUAUCUUGAAAAGAUAUUUGACCUCGUAAAUUACACUGGAGAGGGAGCAAGCUUAAAAACAUCGAAAUCCGGGGAGACUUUCAUUGACCCAAUGACAAAGAUUGAUGUAAGAACUCCUCAAGACGUCUGCAAGAUACUCGAGAUUGGCCAGAAGCAUAAGAAACAAUCUGCUACUCAUAUUAACGACAGAAGUUCAAGAAGUCAUACCAUUUUCUUGCUUGAAGUCCUUACUGAGAGAAAAGAUGGGAUUACGAAAAAGGCCAAGUUAAAUCUGAUCGAUCUAGCAGGGAGUGAGAAAUAUUCUAAGAUUGGCCCAUCAGAAGAGCGUCUAAAAGAGUCUACGAACAUUAACCUCAGUCUUCUGCAGCUGAGCAAUUGUAUAAAGUCGCUAUCAGAAGGCCAUAAGUUCGUUAAUUUCAGAAGCUCCAAACUUACUCACUAUCUAAAGGACACUCUGAGUGGAAACUCGAACACAGUGCUUAUCUGCACUGGUAGUCACCAAAAAGUUAACCAGAGCCAUACCAAAAUGACACUCGAAUUCGCAACUAGAGCACAGAAGGUUAAAACAAAGCCUGUAGCCACAGAAGAAAUGUCAAAAUCCAAAAUGAUAAAGCUUAUCAAAAAGCUGAAGCAAGAAGUCCUCGAACUCAAAUCAAUAAUUGAAGACUUUAAAACUGAAGGCCACACUAUCACUACUGAUGACCAUAUGGAAGAAGACAAGGAAGACUCUGAUGAAGAAGAAGAUCUCCCAACUGACAAUACUACUUAUUUUGAAGAUACAGACCCUAGGGAUACAAGUUUCCAGAGUGAGCAUGUUCGCCUUCAAGAGUCUAAAAUCGAGGAUGAAAGUAUCCACUUCCAAGAAUCUGCUCUAUUUGAAGAGAAGUUCCAAGAACUCCAGGCAGAGAAAGAAGAGUUAGAUGAAAAAGUAUCUGCUUUAAAAGAGAAGAUCAGCAAUCUUGGAGAAAAACUUGCUGAAAAGAAUGAAACUAUUCAGUCACUUGAAAUCAAACUUGAGUGUAAAUCUGGGUUUAUUUCAAAUCAGAAUGCCAAAAUCACAGAAAUUUCAUCUGAAAAGGAUAAGAUUUUGCAAACUCUCACUACCGAAUUAGAGAAAUUGCAAGAAAAAUGCCAUAAGCUCACAGCUGAACUCGAAAUUUCCUCUAAAAAGAGCGAAAUUCUUCAAACUGAAAUCACUGAUCUGCAGAGUGAAUCUACUAAGGAGAAGGCUAAGCUUCAAGGCGUGUGUGAUGACCUUAACAAAAGAAUUUUUGACUCAAAACUAAAGUUAAACAACCUUGAAAGCCAGCUCAAAACAACCAAUGACCAGAAGGAAGACCUCUCCAAAGAUGUGGACUACUACAAAGGCGAAACAGCAAGGUAUAGCAAAGAAAAGGAAGAGGCUUUGGCCAAGAACCUAGAAUUACAGAGCACGAUCUCUAUGAUUACUACUGAAAAAGAUGAGAUUCAAAGAGCAAAGAGUCAUAUUGAACAAGAUAUCACUUCUUAUAAGGAGAAAGAGAGGACCUCUUGUGAAGAAAUUGCCAAACUCAAGACUGAAAAUGCUAAACUCAAGGAGCAUCUUGAGACUGAAAAGCAAAAUAUCGCUGAGAUGAAGAUUAACCAUGAAUUUGAACUCAAAGAAAAAGAUAAAGAGAGUGAACUAAAGAUCCUCCAGAGUCAACUUGAAGAAGCUAAGGAUUCUUUGAGUAAAGAUAAUGAACAGCUCUCUGGGCUUCUAGCUCAGAGAGACAAGUUUAACGAAGAGUUUAAACAAAAAGACCAGCACCUUCAUGAGAAAGAUCUCAAAAUUGUUCAUUUAACUCAGAUAGAGUCUAAAUAUGGCCUCUUACUGACUGAGAAAGAGGGAUUAGAGGGUUCUUUGAAAUCAGCUACUGACAAAACCUCAGAAAUCGACGCUAAACUCAAGAAUGCAGAACUCAAAAUUUCAGAUAUUGAAAGAACUAAUAAAGAUCUAAUCGAAGCAUUGAAAAUAAAAGAAGAGCUUCUCGCAGAAUCUGAGAAGAGAAAGGAUUUCCUUUGGAACAAAGGUCAUGAGAUUAAAAAGCUAUGUCAGGACAAAAUCACAAUAGUUGAACGUCUCACAGCCGAGCUUGAAAAGCUCAAAAAUGAGAAACAAACCCCCAAAUUUGAGAAAUGUCAAAAAUGUGAACAGAUCAGAAAGGAGAAAAUCGAGGCUAUUGAAAAAGCAACGACUGAUUACACAAAGCUGAAGAGGAAAAUUUUCUGGUAUGAAGAGAACGCACUCAAGCAUUCGGACUAUGACUUAAUCAAAGAGAAGUCAUCCAAAUACCUCAAAGAAAAGGAAAGACUUGACCGAGAGAAUGCUAAGCUCAAGCAGACCAUCAUUGAGCUCGAAGCCCAAAUAGAAAAGGAGAAGAUUGACCACGAGACAUUGUUAGAGGAGAAGAAUCUGAAUUUAUUGAACCUUGUUCAGAUCAAUGAAGCCCAGACAAGACAAAUGAACAAUCUUAAUCAAUCUGUUAGUAGCUUCAAAGCAAAGAUUGAAGAGAUGGUCAGUCAGAGCUUUAAUAUGACUGAAGUUAGAGGCUCAAUCAAGAGUCCUACAAAAUUCUCUGGAAAUCAGACAAUGAGGCAUACCACAAAGAAUGUAGCCCUCGCUAUGCCAGGAGGUCAUGAUGAUGAUUACUUUGAUGAUGAAAGAGAAAUGCAGAGUCAAUUUGAAGCUCUUAAAAGGAAAAAUUCAAAGGGGAACCAAAAAGAGCCUGAAUAUCUUAAGGACCUGACUGAUAACUUGACUCCUCUUCAUGCCUUUACAAUGCAAGACUCCGUCUAUGACUAUGAUAACUUCCAUAAAGCUACUAAAAAGAAACACACACCAAGUAAAAAGGCAAGUUUUUAUCCUAAAUUUUCACAGGAAAUCACUAAAUCCAGAAGAAUGACUAUCUCAAAGCCCAUUGAUAUUGGAAGCUGGGGCAACAUUUAGUAAAAC